UGUGAGAUAGUCGCCAGCCAGUAAGGAUGUGAACAUGGAAGCUGAAAGAUCUAUGGAAUCGAAAACCAUUACCAGACAAUGAGUGAUGAAGACACAGCAGGCUGAAAAGGCUUAGUACUUGCUGUAAUGAACUGUUGAGUCUGUAAUACUUGUAGUUACACUCUGUAAGUCCUGUAAGUGUUCAAAAAUCCAAUUACCAAUCCAAACCCCUUCUGUAGUCACUCUAUCACAUGACAAUAUUAUCCCAUCAUUUUCCUUGAAACUGAGGAAAACCACAAGAAACCUCAGGACAUUUGGCCAGGCUGCAAAUUGAACCAAAAACUCUUUCCAGUGUGAUUGUAACGGCUGUGCUAAAUAUUUCAUUUUUGUGCAUGGAACUUUACUUCCAUGCCCAAACCUGUGAUGAGGAAGUGCAUAGGCACAAAGUUAGAUUUACCUUUAACCUGAAUGAUGUGGUGCAUAUAUAUAUAUAUAUAUAUAUACAUGUGUGUUACUUUUUAUUUCAGAAAUAUGGCACCACUCAAGCUGUAUUCUGUAUCAGACAGCCCACCAACACUGGCUGUACGUCUUGCACUGAAAGCAUUAGAUAUAAGUUACUUGCUAGUGAAUAUAGAUUUUACUGCAGGAGAACACCUCACAGAUGAUUAUGCUAAUAAGAAUCCACAGAAGGAAGUGCCAUGCAUUGAUGAUGAAGGAUUUCUUCUCAGCGAAAGUAUUGUCAUUUUGCAAUAUUUGGCUGACAAGUAUAGCAAGACUGAUGAUUUGUAUCCUAAAGAACCAGUGAAGAGGGCAUUGGUAAAUCAUAGACUGGCUUUUAAUCUCUCUACUUAUUAUCGCUACAUAUCUGAGUAUGUGAUGGCUCCUAUAUUCUUUGCAUAUGAACGUACACCCCAAGGUCUUAAGAAAGUAAACAUUGGACUUUCUGUCUUGAACAUGAUCUUGGAAAGACAAGGAACAAAGUUUGCAGCAGCAGACCAUGUGACUAUUGCUGACUUUGGACUAGUAUCAGCCACUCUCUGUCUAGAAGCUAUUGGUUUUGGGCUGGAUCCAUUUCCUCUAGUUUCCCAGUGGUACUCAAAAUUCAAGAAGGACUUUCCAGAACUGUGGGCUGAAGUAGAACCAGGAAUGAAGGAAAUUCAGGAAUUCAACAAAAAUCCCCCUGAUUUAUCCAAACUGAAUCACCCCUUGCACCCAACUAAGAAGCAGCAAAUAUAGAGUACAUGAAAGAAUUUCAAUAGAAGAUUGCUCAGAAUUAUUCAUAAUGCAAGUGACAUAUCCCAUAUAUCUACAAAUAAAUAAAGGGUUUGAAUCUUUUACUUCAUGAACAGGAGAAUGUUCUCUGAUAUAUGGUUAUACUCUUAACAGAUUCACUGCCAACAGUGAUAUUCACCCUUAGAGCAAGUGUGCUCCACAGGGCCAAUAAUGACUAAUGAUAUUACAGCACAUCACUGAAAUAUUGUUAUCACCAACAGAUUACUGGAAAGCAAUAAAAAAUAACAUGGUAUAUGUUUUG